AUAAACCAUGUGUUAAUGGUCUUCAAUUCUUUAACUUCACAUAAAUUCUACCAUUUUUCUCUUCACCUUCACACAUUUCUUUUUUGUUUUCUUUUCCUCUACUUUCCAUAUCUACUCAUGCCAUGAAUUUAAUUAGAAUCUACUUUACUUGUUAAAACUUUAUCCCUGUGAUCUAAGGCAUUACAAAUUUGUCUUCUUGCAAGUAAUGAUAAUACUUGUGCCUUUUUCUUGAGGGAAGUGGGAAGAUUUUUUAGGUAGUCUAAAAUGAGUUUUAGGUUACUGGGAUUCUUCUUGUUGUUUGGAUUAUUUACAUUGGAAUAUGUAAUAUCAAAUACAAAUGCUUCAACAAGGCCUAAAAUAGUGAAUAUUGGAGCAAUACUCUCAUUCAAUUCCACUAUUGGUAAGGUUGCAAAGAUUGCUAUUCAAGCAGCCAUGAAUGAUGUAAAUGCUUCACCUGAAGUUCUUCAUGGAACCAAGCUUAACAUUUCGAUGCGGGAUAGUGUCCGGAGUGGAUUUCUUGGAGUUGUUGAUGCAAUGACAAUUAUCGAGAGUGGGGUAGUUGCCAUAAUAGGCCCUCAAUCAUCUGUUAUAGUUCAUGCAGUUUCACAAGUUGCAAAAGGACUCCAAGUCCCUUUGCUCUCCUUUGCAGCCACAGACCCAACUCUUUCCUCCCUCGAGUAUCCUUUCUUCGUUAGGACAACCCAAAAUGACCUUUUCCAAAUGGCAGCAAUAGCCGACAUUGUAGACUACUAUGGAUGGCGGGAAGUAACUGCCAUUUACACCGAUGAUGAUUAUGGGAGGAAUGGGAUUGCUGAUUUAGGUGAUAAGUUGGCUGAGAAGCGAUGUACAAUAAGUUAUAAAGCUCGAAUGAGCCCUCAACUAAGCCGAGAGGACAUAAGGAACGUUUUGUACGAGGUUGCCUUACAAGAAUCUAGGAUCCUUGUGCUUCAUACUUACAACAACUAUGGAUUAGAGGUCCUUCAGGUUGCUCAAUCUCUUCAUAUGUUGGAUAUAGGGUAUGUUUGGAUUGCGACAAAUUGGCUUAGCGAUGUCAUAGAUACCAAUUCUCCUCUGUCUCAAGGCGCACUUCUUAGCGUUCAAGGGCUACUUACCCUUCGUGUGCACACUCCCAACUCACAACUAAAGAGAAACUUCGUCUCUCGAUGGAGAGAUUUGGUUAGGAAAGAAAAUGUCAACGGUUCAUUUGGACUUAACACUUUCGGUCUUUUUGCCUAUGACACGGUUUGGAUCCUUGCUCAUGCCUUAGAUGCUUACUUUAAUCAAGGAGGAAACAUAUCAUUCUCUAAUAAUUUAGUGUUAAGUCAUUUGAAAGACAACAAUUUGCACCUUGAUGCACUGAACACAUUUGAUGGAGGAGAACUCCUGCUCUCUCAAAUAUGGAAAGCCAAUAUGACUGGUUUAACAGGCCAUAUUCAGUAUAACUCGGACAGAAAUUUGAUCAAUCCCGCCUUUGAUAUUAUCAAUGUCAUCGGUACAGGGCAUAAUACUAUAGGAUACUGGUCCAACAGUUCAGGAUUAUCACUUAAUCCACCAGGGUUUGUGCUAUCCAAGUCGCCCAAUCAGUCGAGAUCAAUUAAAAAGCUAUCAGCUGUUAUUUGGCCAGGGCGGACGUCAGAAAAGCCUCGUGGAUGGGUUUUUCCCCAUAACGGAAAUCAACUCAGGAUUGGCGUUCCAUGGCAUUCUGAUUAUCAUGAAAUCAUUUCAUAUUCACCAAGUACAGAUACAUUCUCGGGUUUCUGCAUCGAUGUAUUCACUGCUGCGGUUAACACGCUUCCAUAUGGUGUUCCAUAUAAGUUGAUUCCCUAUGGAAAUGGGAAAAUUAAUCCAAAAAUCAAUGAGCUCGUUGAUAAAAUUAGUACUGGAGUAUUUGAUGCCAUUGUUGGUGAUGUUUCAAUUACGACUGAUCGAACAAGGAAUGCUGAUUUUACACAACCGUAUAUUGAGUCAGGUCUAGUUGUUGUGGCACCUGUUAAGACCCAGGAAUCCAAUGCCUGGGCGUUCUUACGGCCUUUUACUCCCAUGAUGUGGUGUGUUAUCGGUGUAUCUUUCAUUUUCGUGGGCGUAAUUGUUUGGAUUCUUGAGCAUCGUUUUAAUGAUGACUUCCGCGGUCCACCCAGAAGGCAAGUUGCAACAAUGUUAUGGUUCAGCUGUUCAACUUGGUUCUUUGCUCACAGAGAGAAUACUGUGAGUUCAUUGGCCCGUCUUGUGCUAAUUAUAUGGUUGUUUGUGGUUUUAAUCAUCAAUUCGAGUUACACUGCCAGUCUGACCUCCAUGCUAACAGUGCAGCAACUGACUUCACCUGUCAAAGGGAUUGAUAGUUUGAUAGAAAGGAAAGAACGUAUCGGAUAUCAAGAUGGUUCGUAUGUUGCAAAAUAUUUGAAUGAGCAGCUCGGUGUUCCUAAAUCCCUACUUGUUCCCCUCAACUCUGAGGAUGCGUAUGCAGAAGCGCUCAAAAAGGGUCCCAAAAAUGGAGGGGUUGCUGCAGUUGUUGAUGAGCGGGCAUACAUGGAGCUCUUCCUUUCUUCGAGAUGUGAUUUCACCAUUGUUGGUCCAGAGUUCACCAAAAAUGGUUGGGGAUUUGCAUUUCCUCGAGACUCUCCCUUGGCGGUUGACUUGUCAACAGCGAUUCUAAAGCUAUCAGAGAACGGCGACCUACAAAGGAUCUAUGCAAAAUGGCUAAGCAGAAAAGCUUGCAGCUCACAGGACACAAAGUUUGAAGUAGACAGACUUGAAUUAAAGAGCUUUUGGGGUCUCUUCCUUGUCUGUGGCAUAGCCUGCUUCCUUGCUCUGAUAGUGUAUUUCGCCCUCAUUGUGAAGCAGUAUACACGGCAUUACACUCCCGAGGAAGAAAUUUUGAGUGAUCAGCCAAAAUCAAAGUCUUCUCGCGUUCAAACAUUUCUAUCAUUUGUUGACGAGAAAGAAGAAGAAAUCAAGAAGCGAUCCAAGAAACGGCAAAUGGAGAAGGGAUCAAGCAGGGGAAGUACUCCGGGAUAUGUAUCGAAUAGAAGCGUUUUGGAUUUGUCAAUGAGUCGUCCUAGGACCAUUCAUAUGGAAUUUUCUCCUGCUCAAACUAAUGGUGUGAGCAGUGAAGUAUAGAUACCUUGAGUAAAUAUUUGCAUACACUUCAUAUUUAUAUAUAUAUGUUGGGAAAUAUGAAGAUUCUUACAGGAUCAAAUAAAUAAACCCAUAAUUUAAUUAGUCA